AUGGAUGAGGGACUUAAAAAAUUACUGGCGUCGCAUAUGUGGCGGACCAAGGCUAUGGAAGACCUCCUUGAGUACCGCUUCAAGGACAAAACCAUAGCUUUAAGUGCCUUGAAUCUUCCUGGACGCCUUACUUCGAUUAAAGAUAACACCGGCCUCGCUCAAGUUGGAAAGGCUGUCAUGGAGCUGUUCUUAAUCACGGAUGGUUAUGAUAAAGAUAUGGACCCGGAAAACAUUGAUACUCUCCUGACUUUUGUCUUGGAUAACAGCAAGCUUGCAGAUAUCGGGACAAAGAAGGGCCUUGGACGAUGCAUGAUGGGUAUGCGGUCAAGCACUGCCAACCUUACGCCCCUUUACACCGCCCGGACCGUCCAGGCAUUGAUGGGUGCCGUCUAUCUCGACAGUGAUGGAGAUUUGGAGAAACUAUACGAGGCGAUGAUGGCCAUAGGACUACUACCCAAACCAGGCGCUCAAUUGCCCGUGUAA